UAUAUAUAUAUAGUCAUACACAGAAAGAAGUCAAGAUGGUCAAUAACCUGAAAAACGGGCAAGUUUAGGAGCAUAAUGGAACUAUGCAACAACAUCAUCCCUGUCAUUUAUUAGUCUGUAGUGAAAGCUCAUAGAAUUUCAACCAUAUGUAGCAAUGGAUAAACUGCACACAACUCCUUCUGAUCUUCCUCUUCUUACUCCUUCUUCCACAUUCUAACAUCACCACAUCGCUUCUCCAUACUCAAUGCAGAAUAAGUAGUUCCACACUCACCUCGUGGUUUGCUUCUGUUUCACUCAAGGAAACAAUUCCAUACGUUUGGAGCAGUAACUCAAGUUAUAGAAUGAUGGGUAUAUUAAGACGGGGAACAUUGUUUUUCUGUGUGUUCCUUUUGUUUAGUACCUGUCUGGCGAAAGAUCAACACAUUCUUCAGAUAUAUCCUGGCUUCAGUGCAUCUCAGCCUGAUUGGAGCGACCAUAAUGGUUUUUUCUUGAUAUCCAACAACUCUGCUUUCGGUUUUGGAUUCUUCACUACUCUCGAUGUUUCGUCGUUUGUUUUAGUUGUCUUGCACUUAAGCAGCUACAAAGUGGUUUGGACUGCCAACAGAGGUUUAUUGGUUGGGAAAUCUGCUAAGUUUGAGCUGGAGCGUAGUGGGAAUGCAUAUUUGAAAGGUGAUGAUGGUGUGGUUUGGGCAACAAAUACAACAGGGCAUAAAGUGAGAGCCAUGGAGUUGCUAGACUCAGGGAAUUUGGUGUUGGUUGGGGAUAAUGGGACAGCCAUUUGGCAAAGUUUUAGCCAUCCCACUGACACUCUUUUGCCAGGGCAAGAAUUUGUGGAGGGAAUGAUGCUCAAAAGCUUCCACAACAGCUUGAACAUGAUCUAUUAUCUUAGUUAUAAGGCCGGUGAUUUGCUUCUCUACGCAGGAUUUGAAACUCCACAAGUGUACUGGUCCCUAUCAGAAGAGGUUCAUACAAGCUCCAAAAAUUCCACCACCAAGGUUCACUCAGCUUCUCUGAUGUCCAAUUCAUGGAGAUUUUAUGACACAAAUCGAGCUUUGCUGUGGAAAGUUAAUUUCUCUGAGCACUCAGAUCAAAACUCAUUGUGGGCUGCUACCUUGGAUCCAACCGGUGCUAUCACUUUUUAUGACCUUAACAAAGGGAGGUCUCCCACCCCUGAGGCAUUUAAGGUACCACAAGGCCCAUGUAGCACUCCUCAGCCUUGUGAUCCUUACUAUGCUUGCUUAAAUGACAACUGGUGCAUCUGCCCCAAACUUCUCAGAACUCGUUUUAACUGCAAACCUCCCAACAUCUCCACCUGUUCCAGUACUUCAAUAGAACUUGUGUCUGUCGGUGAAGAUCUUGAUUAUUUUGCUCUCAAGUACACUACACCGGUCUCAAAAUCAACCCUGAAUUCUUGCAAAGAGUCUUGCGUAGGAAACUGCUCUUGCCGUGUGCUUUUCUUUGAAAACAGUACCGGUAGAUGCUUUCAUUUUGAUGAGACUGGGAGUUUCCAACGCAGUAAGUUGGGCACCAGUGGUUAUGUUUCAUUCAUGAAGGUCUCCAUUGGUAGUGACGAUGGACAUAGCAACAAAAAUGGAAGGAAUGACACGGUGCUAGUUGUAAUCAUAGUAGUUCUCACAGUUCUGGUUAUUGUUGGUCUUGUCACAGUAUUUUUGUACUACUACAAGAGGAAGAAGAAUGUUGCUAGGUAUCCUGAAGACACCUUUGAGGAAGACGAUGAUUUCUUGGACAGUAUCUCUGGGAUGCCUGCGCGUUUUACUUUUGCUGCUCUUUGUAGAGCAACUAAGGACUUCUCCACAAAAAUUGGGGAAGGAGGUUUUGGCUCAGUGUAUUUAGGUGAGCUCGAAGAUGGCACCCAGUUGGCUGUGAAAAAAUUGGAAGGUGUUGGACAAGGCGCCAAAGAGUUCAAAGCAGAAGUGUCCAUAAUUGGAAGUAUUCAUCAUGUUCAUUUGGUGAAGCUCAAAGGGUUCUGUGCUGAGGGUCCCCAUCGCCUUCUUGUCUAUGAAUACAUGGCAAGGGGUUCUCUCGACAAAUGGAUUUUCAAGAACAGUGAGAACAGUUUCUUGCUGAACUGGGAGACAAGGUACAACAUUGCAAUAGGCACGGCUAAGGGAUUGGCCUAUCUCCACGAGGAGUGUGAAGUGAGGAUUAUCCACUGUGACAUCAAGCCACAAAAUGUUCUUCUUGAUGACAAUUUCACAGCAAAGGUUUCAGAUUUUGGAUUGGCCAAGCUAAUGAGCCGCGAGCAGAGCCAUGUGUUCACAACUCUGAGGGGCACAAGAGGGUAUUUAGCACCAGAAUGGAUUACCAACUACGCAAUUUCGGAGAAGAGUGAUGUGUUCAGCUAUGGCAUGCUCUUGCUUGAGAUAAUCGGAGGAAGGAAGAACUAUGAUCAAUGGGAAGGGGCAGAGAAGGCACAUUUUCCUUCUUAUGUGUUCAGAAUGAUGGAUGAAGGGAAACUGAAAGAAGUUCUUGAUCCAAAGAUUGAUAUUGAUAAGAAGGACGAAAGGGUUGAAACUGCUCUAAAAGUUGCUCUUUGGUGCAUACAAGAUGACGUGAGUUUGAGACCUUCCAUGUCAAAGGUAUCUCAGAUGCUUGAAGGCUUGUGUGUUGUACCUGAUCCCCCUUCAUUAUCUCAAGCUGGUACUUAUUCAGCUUUCAUGAAAUUGAGUAGUGGAGAAGCUACUUCAUCGGGACAGGCCAGUUUUUUCAGUAAUGUACCCAUGUCAUGUGUUCAAUUAUCAGGACCAAGAUGAGAUCAAGUGUUACAAGGAAAGACAAUGAAGACAGUGACCCAUACCUCCAAUACAAUUGGCUGUGACGACAAAGAUGAAGUUGCAAACCAGCUCCCAUCAACAUUUGGAGCCAUUUUUUAUGUUAUAUUGUUAUUUAAACCUAUCACAUGAAUAUUCUAUGUUUUAUUUAAUGGGGGUAUUUUGAGAAAGGAUUCCCUUGGAAUUAUAACCAUCUCUCCGUCAAAUAUAAGACUAUUCACAUUCACACUUCUCAGUCAGAAGCAACGAGCACUUCCCUUCAUGGAGAGGAAGCAUUAGGCUUAAAGUUCCACUUGUUAUUGAACCAUUUUUAUAUUACCUAUUAAUCUUUAGUUGUUUCACGUCAUUUUCAUAUUAUCGGUUAAUGUUUAGUCUCAUACACAGAAUGUAUGUAUUUUGGGGUAAAAAAGAUGUAUUAAAAAUUCUAUGUCCAUUAAAAAUAAUAUCAAUUUAUACUAUAUAAUUAAAUACAAAUUUUACUUUACAGAUUGGUUUUAUGAAAUAUUGAAUUAAACUUAAAAUCUAGUUUCUCUUUCUAUCUAGUUUUGAAUUUAAACUCAUAAUUUUUUGUUGUUUUUCUUUCUUGUCAUGAAAUUGGAUCAAUUGUUUCACCCAACAUAUUUAAACCCAACAUGUUUAGUAAAACACGGUAUAAAAAGAAAAGACUCAUUAAUUCGUUACUUUAAGGUUUUGGGUAGAGAAUCUUUUUUCUCGAUAAACUCAACAACUUGUUCUU